AUGCCUGUCCCUGUGCUCCUGUGUCUCACGCCUGUCCCUGUGCUCCUGUGUUUCACGCCUGUCCCUGUGCUCCUGUGUUUCAUGCCUGUCCCUGUGCUCCUGUGUCUCACGCCUGUCCCUGUGCUCCUGUGUUUCACGCCUGUCCCUGUGCUCCUGUGUUUCACGCCUGUCCCUGUGCUCCUGUGUCUCACGCCUGUCCCUGUGCUCCUGUGUUUCAUGCCUGUCCCUGUGCUCCUGUGUCUCACGCCUGUCCCUGUGCUCCUGUGUUUCACGCCUGUCCCUGUGCUCCUGUGUUUCACGCCUGUCCAUGUGCUCCUGUGUCUCACGCCUGUCCCUGUGCUCCUGUGUUUCACGCCUGUCCCUGUGCUCCUGUGUUUCAUGCCUGUCCCUGUGCUCCUGUGUUUCACGCCUGUCCCUGUGCUCCUGUGUCUCACACGCCUGUCCCUGUGCUCCUGUGUUUCACGCCUGUCCCUGUGCUCCUGUGAUGCCUGUCCCUGUGCUCCUGUGACGCCUGUACCUGUGCUCCUCUGA